AUGACUGAUGAACGAGAUGUGCAUCUCGAUUGCCGGAAUGCAAGUAAUCCCUUUCAUGAAUGUACUGAUUACUGCUUUAGAGUCAUCGCUGAAGCUAAAUUCAGGAUGCAGCAACAUGAAUCUGAAGUUGCUCAAGCUAGUAGUGGAAGUGGCCGUGAGCAUGAUUACGAAAUGCAUGAUGACGAUGAUGGACCGAAAGAAAAAUCUGAUAGUGAACCUGAUCAGCCUGCUAUAGAAAACACUGAUGGCUCCUUCCCCAAACUCUCUGCCAGACAGAAAAAGUGGAUGGAGUUGAGAGCCAAAAUGCAAGAAGCAAAGAAACGUAAUCAAAUUGAAAUAGCUAAUGAAAAAAAGAGGAUGGAGGCUCCAACAGAGUCUAGAGGUGUUUCUAAGCAGAAGUGGCUUGAUGGUAGAAAGAAAAAGAUUGGAAAGCUUCUUGAUGCUAAUGGAUUGGACAUGACAAAGGCAUAUAUGCUUGACACACAGGAGGCUGCAGAAGAGAAAUACAAGAAAUGGGAGAAGGAUCCUGCUCCAUCUGGUUGGGAUGUUUUUAAUCAAAAGACAUUAUACAAUGCAUACAAAAAGAGGACCAAGAACAUUGAAGUCGAUGUAGAAGAAUACAAUAGAAUGAAAGAAGCUGAUCCAGAAUUCUAUCGGGAUGCAUCGAGUCUUCAGUAUGGAAAGGCGCCAAAAAUCUCAGAGGACAAGAUUGAUAGGAUGGUUCAAGAGCUAAAGGAUAGGGAUGAGAAACGCAGGGCAUUUAGCAGGAGAAGAACAUUUCGUGAAGAGAAAGAUGUUGACUCGAUCAAUGACCGUAAUGAGCAUUUCAAUAAGAAGAUUGAACGUGCCUUUGGUAAAUACACAUUGGAGAUUAAAAAUAACCUCGAGCGAGGAACUGCAUUGCCCGACUAA